AUGGCCCCCGUACCGCCGAAUCCCAGCGCGUCGCAGGAUCCACUGGCCAAGAGACUGUCUGCCGCUCUCCCGAAAGACGUCCCCUUUGGCGUCUACCACGUGUCCACGCCGCCCAGGAAGACGGACGCCCUCUGCUCCGCCCCGCCAAACCAGCGGCCGGAUCGAACAUUCUGCGAGAACCACUUCCUAGCCGUAACGGCCACCGUUGCCCCCGAAGCCGGCUCAUCCUCGCAAGACGCGGACCCGGCCGCGACCGAGGCCCGCGCCCAUGCCCGGACAAAGGUGGAGGAGGUGGUGGUCCUCGGCCUCGAGAUCUUCAUAUACACGACGGCUCACUCCACCACCCUGUUCGUCUCCAAGGCCGACUCGACCGGCUACUUGCGGCGCCCAAGCCUCCCCAGAGGCUCGCACAGCCCCAUCCGGCACGUGUGCGCCACGUUCAUCGAGUUCCUGGUCGAGAGCCGCCGGCGCAGAGACGUCCCGCUCGUCAUCAGCCUGUUUGCCCGGUCGCAGGGCCAGUACCUGUUCCCCGGCAGCGUCAAGCACGGCGGGAAGCAUGUGCUCGACGACGGGGGCCUCAUAAAGUGGUGGUGUCGCGUGCUCCAACCCCUGAUCGAGUCUGCGUCUGGGUCUCGGGCGGACGCGCCGGGCAAGGCUGCCAGGGGCUACCUGGUCGUGCCGGGCCUCGACGCGCGCGAGACUCGGGCCUUCAUCCCCCGCAGCGCUACGGCCCCGGCGUCGUGGUCCCUCUCCCACCCCCUCGACAAGAUUUCGCACUACUCUCGAGAGUUCGAUUGGGUGCCGCCGAGGUGCCUCAUUCCCCGGUUUCCCGACGACCCCAAGUCGCGCUUUCGCGACGAGCUGGACGACGAAGCUGGCAGGUCCGGAGCCAUGAAACGCACCGGCAGCUGGGGAAACGUGGAUUCGCUGCAGACGUUCUGGGACAUGAUGGCCUACAGGCAAGAGUGCUCCAGCGGCAGGAUGACGGGCUUCAUCUGGGUCGUGUUUGAUGACGAGCCCGGCCACGACGAGCAGCCGGGCGGCCAAGACCAAGCCGCCGCCCCGGGGGCCGCGGCUCCCCGCAAGCAAACAACAAACGGGUCUCUGCCCGUCAACCCUCCCAAGUCCACGCCGCGUAAACUGUUUCCCUCGAGGACGGAUCGCGGGGGCGACAAGACCGGACCAGGUGGCAAGAGCAACAAGUCGCGCAGGAAGAGGAUCAAGCUGAGAGGCCCGAUCAAGCCGCGGCAGCCCAGGGUGAAGACGGAGCAGCAGAGUCAUCUGCUGAGAAUCCCCGCCCGCAGCGCCUACUACUACUGGCCGACCCGAGGGCGCGGGGAACGCAUUGUCGACGAGAUGACCUACAAGCGGGCGACCGAGCUUAUGCUGCACAGCGACUUCUCGACGCUUGACAAAGCAGCGGGUAGCUCCGCCCGUUGGAUCAAGGAAGUAGGCAUGGGCAAUGACUGGGGCUACACCGUCGUCGGGGAAGGACAGGGCACCAUUCCCGGCGACGCAGAUACGUCGGGGGCGGUGAACAACCUGACGGGCCUGGUCAAGAGGAAAAGAGCCGAUACGGCUGGAGGCGGGGAAGAGGGCGUCAAUGUACUCGGCGGUAGUCUGGUCAAGAGGAAGCCCAAGGAUGAGCCCAAGGAUGGGCCCCAGCGGGAGCUGGCGGAAAACGGGGCAGCAGUCAGGGUUCUGAGCUCGGGGCUGGUGCGCAAGAAGCCCAAGGCGUAG